GUUUCGCCUUACGUCGAACAAUGUUCCUUUCCAGUGCGUAACGUUGUCCUGUAAACACGUGGUUACGACUGUAAUUAUCGGAUUUAAGGCGAAAUACUCUGCGAAUCACAAUGCCGCUAGCCAGAGAUUUUCUCCAUCCGAGUCCCAUCGAGGAGAAGAGAAAACACAAGCUGAAGAGGCUCGUACAGAAGCCCAACAGUUAUUUUAUGGACGUCAAAUGCCCGGGGUGCUACGCCAUCAAAACAAUCUUCUCACACGCCCAGAGGCCGGUAGAAUGUGACGGCUGCCGUACGAUACUUUGCACGCCGACAGGCGGGAAAGCACGAUUAACUGAGGGAUGCUCUUUUAGAAGAAAGGUCCAGUGUUAAUUUUAUGCGAUAAUGUAUUCGAUGCUUCUCUUUAUAUUCGAUAAAUAAACACAAUCACAUUACGUA